UUUUCCACAGCUGGUCGAAGCCACGUGUAGCUAGUUGACGUGUUGUCGUGUUGUCGAGUAAAGAUUUGCCGGCUCGAACCUUAAUAUGACCUCUCUUUACAAGAAAUCAACAAUUAAGACCAAGCAUGAUUCAACAGUUAACUCCAGUUCACAUAAGAUGACGACGAAGGCCAAAGUUCAGUUAAGUGCUGCCUCUAACAUUAGUGAUGAAGACUCUGAAUUGGAAAUGGAGAGAAAUUUUACUCUGCUGAGUAAGAAACACUCUGUUGUCACCAAUGACGAGGAGAACGAGUCAGUACGUGAAAGAGAAGAGGAUUUAAGUGGAAAAGUGUUUGAAGAGGAUGAUUGCAGUGAGAAUGACGAGGAGUCAGAUGGUGAUGAAGAGGAGGAUGAUGAUGAAGAAAAAGAAGAAAACUUAAAGGAUGCUGAUGAAGACAGUGCACAUUCAGAAAGCGAUGACAGAGAGGGCAAAGUAGAUACUGAAAAUGACAUAAAAAAAGAGCUUUCCACAAUGUCCUUCGAAGACAUAAUGACACUUCAAAAUAAAGUUGGAACAAAGGUAUACAAUGAAAUAGCAUAUGGCACCACCAAGGGCAAACAACCCAUUCAGAAAAAGAAACGUUUGAAUAAAAAUAGGCCCAUGGAGAUAUCAGCCAAAAGACCUGCCCCUUACCUUAGACAAGUCAUUCCUGUAAAGAAAGCGGUGUCCAGAGACCCUCGGUUCGAUGACCUAUCGGGCGAAUACAAACCUGAGAUCUUUGAGAAAACCUACAAGUUCAUCAAUGACAUUAAGCAACGUGAGAAAGACGUCGUACAGAAGAGACUAAACAAAACAAAGAUGGCCAACCAGAAGGAGAAACUGCAGUUCCUCUUGAAGAGAAUGGAGAACCAGGAGAGGGCUAGGAAGAGCCGUGAAGAACAGAGGGAGAAGGAGCUGGAGUUCAAGAGGAAACAGAGAGAAAUGGCUGGACAGGGCCUGAAACCAUACUUCCUCAAGAAAUCCGACAAGAAGAAGCUGGAACUGGCCGACAAGUAUAACGAGCUGAAGAGGAGCGGCAAGCUGGAGAACUUCCUCAGCAAAAAGAGAAAGAGGAACGCUGGCAAGGACCGUAGAAAGCUGCCCUUCCAGCACAAGGACCAGUGAAGGGUGAUCCAUUCUGGUCUCUUGACCUUUUAAGAUAGUCUGGAAUUGUCCAUCCUCAUAGGAAAAACAUCCAAUAGACAUCAGUGAAUUCAUGUGAACACAGGAUGUAUUUCUGGGAGGGGUUGGGUGAGGAUUUCUAUUUGAAUUCUAUUGAAUGCGGACAUAUUACAGCAGGGGAGUCUUUUAAUUGGAGAGAGUUUUUCUUCACAUGUCUUAGGCACUUCACAAGCAUAUGUUGACAUUGUGUCAGGGUUUUGUCAAAUCCUUACUGACUUUGUAUGCCUUCACAUGUGAAUGCAUUUCUUAAGUGUCAGAUAUGCAAGGUGUGUUAGACCUUUGGUGUAUGCAGAAGAUUAACUAUUAAACACACAUUCUUUUUUGUAGU